AUGAGUGCAAACUUUGUGAGUUGUGGAUGUUAUGAGUGCAAACUCAUUGCCGAUUACUUGCACUCAAUACCCAACAUAAAUGAAAAAUUACUGUUAUCACGAUUAAAUACUAACAAUAGUGGAGUAAUAUCACCUCCAACUUGUGAGGAAGAUGUAAAAUCUGACUUGACAACAACCACAUCCCAAAGUGUUGCCUCUCUAGACCUCAUAAGUUACUUUAAAGUAAAUGAAGAUGAGGAUUUAACUUUUCUAAAGUUGGAUGUGGAUGAUUUUUUAACAUCUCUUGACAGUCCAUCCAGCAUUGCUCAGAUAACGACAAGUAAUGAUAAAGGACAAAUAACAAAACUUCAAGAUGAGUUCAGUUUUUUAUCUGAGAUUGGUAGUACUGAAGAAUCAAAUUUAAACGAAUUUGAAAACAAUAAUGCAAGCAAUUCAGAAAAAGAAGUUAAAUCCUUGAAAGACAAAUCUCCAAAACGUAGAAGGAGAGGAAGCAAUAAUAGUUCAACAACAACAGCUAAAAAGAGAACUAAAAGGAGCUCAUUCCCAGGAGAAAGCAAAGUAAUUGUAUGGAAAUGGAAUAAGUCGACUGAUGAUAAAACCAAUCAAAGAUUACAACUAAUUUAA